UCCAUUGCACAACAACAGAACUUUCAACGCUUUUGAAUUUGAGUUUUUCCCCCAUCUAUAUGUUUGUUUUGAGCUACAUUUACUGAGUCAACAAUAUAUACAUUUCCUGAUGGACAAGGAGAGACGGCAUAGACGGGUAGAAUCCCCGGUGCGCGAGUCAAAAGUAAAAAUCAAACAAGAAAAAGUCAGUCCUCCUAGGCCACACCGAUCACGCCGCUCCAGGUCCGGAUCCAACGACCGUAGCUCCAGUCCGCCGCCGCAGAGGAGACGAACUAGCAGGUCGCCGGCCCGGACAGGGGACCGCUCGCCAGGUUCAAGGGAAAGGGCUUCGGGGAGACGAAACAGCAGAUCACCCAGAAAUAAGAGGAGCGGAAGCCCUCCCCGCGGAGGUGAUAACUCCAAGAUCAAGCGGGAACGAGAGGAGCACCGAGGCGCUGACGAUCGCAGGAGACGCGAGCGCAACGAGCCUCCUCUGGAGCGGAGGAGCCGGUGGGAGACGGACUCCCGAUCCCAGGAGAGGGAGCGGCCGAGGGAGCGGGGAGGAGAGAGACCCCGGGAGAGAGACGAGCAGGCAUUCCAGCACCAGCAGGCAGAUCGACAGCAGCAUGACGACAGACGCAGAGAGAACCGGCAGAGGUUUGAGGAGGGCGGGGAGGAGCAAGCCUUCGGUCAACCCCAGGAGAGGGAGGGCAGCGCCUCCCCCCCCGUGGACAAGGAAAAGCCCAACUUUGGACUGUCUGGGGCCCUGACGGAAGAUACCAACACCUUCAGAGGGGUGGUGAUCAAGUACAACGAGCCCCCAGAGGCUCGCAUCCCCAAGCGCCGGUGGAGACUGUACCCCUUCAAGAACGACGAGCCUCUCCCAGUGAUGUACAUCCACAGGCAGAGUGCCUACCUGCUGGGCAGGCAGAGGAAGAUUGCCGACAUCCCCAUCGACCACCCCUCCUGCUCCAAGCAGCACGCUGUCUUUCAGUACAGGCUGGUGGAGUUCACGCGCUCGGACGGCACCUCGGGCCGGAGGGUGAAGCCCUACAUCAUCGACCUGGGCUCCGGCAACGGCACCUACCUGAACAACCAGCGCAUUGAGGCCCAGCGCUACUACGAGCUCAAGGAGAAGGACGUGCUCAAGUUCGGCUUCAGCAGCCGCGAGUACGUCAUCCUGCACGAGACCUCGGACACGGCCGAGGUGGACGCCAAGCAGGAGGAGGAGGAGGAUGACGGGCUGGACGAGUGACCCCGCCCUCCAGGAGGCAUUCUGGGUAGAGGGGGUUGUCCCUCUGUAGCCUGCCUCCCAAACCAGGAGUGGAUCAACGACCUGAACUGACGCUGUUUUUUGGGGGUUAGGCACCGUUCAGGGUGAACGGGACUAACCAGAAGUUGUAAGGUCUGUUUGCAUUGUAUAGUGUACUGUUGUAAAACACACUGCAUUUACCUGCCAUUGGCCUAGAGGUCUGAAGGUAGAGACUCCUUAUUCUCAGGUCGAUAGACAAGGACAGUAGGAUGGUCACAUGUCUACAAUCUCUGACAGUGCUCAUGUAACGGCCAACUAAGUGCUUCAUGCCCAUGGGAAUUACUUUACAAAAAGAUCUAUUUUUGGAUUAGAACAUUGGAUACAAAGAAUAAUUGCUGGAGACUAGCCUAUUUAUGUCCGGAAUUUAACUGUAACUGCACAGGAUGCACUGAAUGUGAACUAUGGAUUCAUUUGUGUGUUUGUGCAGAAUAAUUGCAACUUUCAAGAGUUAUGUCACUGCCUUUGUUUUGUGCAUUUGUGCUAGCUGUGCGGAGUGCCGUGUAAAGUCCUCACGCGCAGUGUACCGCAUUGCACAAGUAUUCCAAACAAGAUUCUUUUUUUCCAGCUUUUGUUUCGUCCUCACAUCCAUAUUCAUAGUUCUGUUGAGAUGUUUUGUAUUGUAAAUAAAGUCUGAAAAAUA